UAAGUGUUUGAAUAGAUAUCCCAAUUUUGGCAACAGUGCUAGUCGGAAAUUUCGUCGAAUUUGGACGCUAUGGAUAUAAACAGAGCGAUAAUGGAUAGUACGAGGAGACACCAGGACAUCCAAAAGACACCGAGCGAUGAGACAACAACAAGAGACAUCUUCUCCAGACGACGCCCCGGAAUUGGCCGAAGAAAACGGGAACCUCGCUCGGAACCAAGGAGAAGGCAACGGCCAUCGCAGGACACUGAUCCACCAUGCCGAGUCCGAAACGGUCGCGUAGGGAGACGGACCCGCGACCGUAUCAACACGAGCCUCGAUGACCUCAUGAUGCUAGUCCCUGCCGACAAAAUCAACCAACAGAGUCCCCAAACAGGAAAGACAGACAUAAUUGAUCUUGCCGUCCAACAUAUCAAAGAAUUACACGCUCACGUGACCACUGAAAAUCUGGAGAAUGCUGAAAACGAGCCUCAGGGUACGGACAGCCCUGAUGGUGCCAUGAGGCCCCCAGCCGCCAACUUCCUAGCAGACCUGCCACCACUGGGUGAAUCUGACGUCAUCCACGCUGGCUUCCAGGACUGUACGGAGCAGACGAUACAGUACCUCCUCCAAGUGGAAAACAUGUCCAUUGAGGACCCCAUAAUCAUGGGGCUCAGGCAGCAUCUCGCCAGAAAACGCUUAGUGUUAGACUGCGAAGUUGUAGUGGAGAAUGAACCAUUACGGACAAAUGAUGCUGAAAUGUGUAACUUUUUAUCAAACAAUGUUUAUCCGUCUGCCAGUGGGUUCGCUGCAGACGAUACACAUGAUGACACAAGCUCAUCUGCACAUGGGGCGUGUGCUUCUCCUCAGAGGGACUCGGUGUGCGUGGAUGGGUUCGAUGAAGUCGAUGGUGCCUCUAAUCGACACACGAAUUCAAAUGAAAACAAUUCUUUUUCGGACAUGUCUGCAGCAGACGAUUCAGAGGAUUCAAAUUCACCUUCAGCUUCAAAUACAAACUCCUACCCUUUUGAACAGUUAUUGACUGAAGGAGAUGGUCGCCGGCAGGAGGAGAUAGACGAUCUCAAACUGCUCGAACAAUUACCAAACCUGACUGUUCUUGCGCAGAGCAACCCUGCAAUUGCCCAGCUCGCCGGUCACAUUCUGUCCAUGAUUGAAGAGGAUGAGGACCCAGUAGGAUAGUAUAUGUGCCAUGACAACCGUUUUACCAUGUAGAUAUACUUUUGAAUAAAAAACCCCAAAAGACUACAGAUAGUUUUAUACCAAGGGAAUGAAUGGGUCAGUCGCCAUUCAGUUGCAAAAUCAGUGUAGCUCCCGAUUGGGUGUGCCUAUUCUGUAAAUGUACUAAGUGUCCAAUCGUCAGUAUCCCAACGAAUAGAUAGACGUAUACAUACGUCCCAGGGCCCGAUCAAGGAGAAGGCGAAUAGAAAAAGAGAGAAUGCCAGUAAACGUUACGGUGUCGUAGCUGUAAGUGUGUAGGCCUAGACUAGCUGAUUCGCUCAUUUGAGACUUGAAGUUUUGUGCCGAAUGAGAAGAG